UUUGUUUCCUCCCUAUAUAUGCACAGAGAUUCGCGGGUGACCCGACGGGUAUUUAAGGCCACUGAUGGCCCAUCUGCGCCCAACGGCAGUCUGUGCCCGGCAACGCAACCCUCCGCAUCACAAUCCUGUUCUGAAUCACUUCGAAACUUCUUCUUCCCGUUCACGCCCAUUUGAAACUACACGAUCCGCAACGCGUCAUUCCGAGAUUUAUCACGGUGUCGAAAGUUGCGCGCUCUAAUUGCCUUGAACGCCAUCAGCGUUAGCGCAGUUGCUGCCAAAUCAAACAGAAAGAUAUGUCGUCCAGUGGAUUCCCGUGGGGAGCAAAUGCUCCUCCAUUUCCUUUGGGAAAUCCACCAAACCUGCCAAUGAACCCGACCUACAACACCAUGGGGAAUGGGUCCAUUGUUGAUCGGGUGCCUGCUGAUCUUCUACACCUCAUUGAUCCUUUCUGGUACCAAUUUCCGCCUAUGAACCCGGCGGUGAAUUAUUCUGUUGGUCUGGUGGCUCUCAUAAUCGGCAUUGCAGCAGUCAGUGGGAACUUCGUGGUGCUCUAUGUAUUUUUGAGCACAAGGAACCUAAGGACCCCAGCCAACAUGCUCAUUGUCAACCUGGCCUUUUCUGACUUCAUGAUGAUGGCCGGAAUGUUCCCUUUUCUGGUUGUAUCCUGCUUCAACGAAGUCUGGAUAUUUGGCCAACUCAUGUGUGAGCUGCAUGGGUUCAUAGGGGCCUGGUUUGGGUGCCAGCAAAUCUGGUCACUCACUCUGAUUGCCAAGGACAGGUACAAUGUGAUUGUCAAGGGCAUAGGAUCCAAGCCAUUGUCCUUCAAGAAGGUGGCCCUCAUGCUGUUUUUCGUGGACGGUUUUGCUCUGGCCUGGGGUCUGGUACCAUUCUUUGGGUGGAACCGGUAUGUGCCUGAGGGCAACAUGACUGUCUGCGGCUCUGACUCAGUUGGCACAGAUGCAUGGAGCAGGAGCUACAUAUUCGUCAUCUGGAGCUAUGCUUAUUUUGUCCCACUGUCCACCAUCAUCUACUGCUACUUCCACAUUGUCAAGGCUGUUGCUGCUCAUGAGAGGCAGAUGCGAGAGCAAGCACAGAAAAUGAAUGUGCAAAGUCUGCGAACUGGCGAUGAUGGGAAGACAAGUGCUGAAAUUCGCCUAGCCAAGGUCGCCAUCAUGACAAUCCUGCUCUGGUUCUUCGCCUGGACCCCAUACGUCGUCAUCAACUUCAUGGGCGUGUUUUACCGAGCCAAUAUCACACCCGUCGUCACCGUGUGGGGCUCUGUGUUCGCGAAGAUCUCCACUGUCUACAAUCCCCUCGUAUACGGUCUUAGCCACCCCAGAUACAAAGCCGCACUGAACGAAUCCAUGCCGUGUUUGUCUUGCAUCGUGGGACGCCCCGCUGAAUGCGACGACAACAAGUCUGUGACUACACAGGAAAGCAGCGACGCCAAGCGGAUGGAGCAAGAAACCGCAGCCUAG